AUUAUAACAGGAAGGGGAAGGAUCAUGAAAAUAAUUGAAUAUAUUGAGGCAGACAACAAGUACAAGUGCUUGUCAUGCAAAGCUCACUUAUCAGCAGUAGACAGUGUUGUAUCUAAGGAAUUCAAAGGAAGCACAGGUGUAGCAUACUUGAUUGAAGAUGUGGUCAAUACGUUUGAUGGAACCUCCGAAGAAAGAGAGUUAAUGUCAGGUGUCCAUGUCGUGUGUGACAUUUUCUGUGUGAAAUGUUAUAGCUAUGUUGGUUGGAGAUACCUCAAAGCUUACAGGGAAGACCAGAAGUAUAAGGAAGGCAAAUUCAUCCUUGAAAGAGCUCUCCUAUCCAAGGAAACCUCAUAGGAUUUACUCAUUGCAAAACUGUUGCUUUCUAGAAGUAAAGAUAAUCUGUUUUAAUCAAAUUUUAGAACUUAUAAAGUAUCUUCUAAAUAAAAUCA